AUGUCUGAAUCAAGUCCCUUGGCGGCUUACUUUGCCCAUAUGAGAAACACGGGUGGCAUCAUUGUCCAAGAACAACCAAAGCUCGAUCUCGAUCUCUAUAUCCAGAAUUACACCGGGCGAACAAGAAUCGAUCGCCUCAUCCACGUCGGAAAGUCUUCAGUACCACUUUGUAUCGACGCGCUCAAGACUGCUAUCGCUGAGAUCAAGCAAGGCUCAGAUGUGGCCCUAUACAUCGAAGCUUGGGGCUGCAUUCGACUUGCUGCUCCUGACGACCCCGACGCCCAAAAAGAUCAAGCAUGGAUCGAUACAGUCGAGCGCGAGAACAAGGCGGAAGCUGGACGGCUCGAAACCCAGCUUAAGCAAUACAAACACAAUCUGAUCAAAGAGAGCAUCCGAAUGGGAAACGAAGAUUUGGGUUUGCAUUUUGAAAAGACCGGAUAUUUAGAGGCAGCCGCCGAGGCGUACAAUCGCAUGCGCCAGGACGUCACCACCACCAAACACAUUAUCGAUUGCGGCAUCCAUCUCGUGAAUGUCUACAUCGCUCGACGGGACUGGACCAUGGUUCUGAACAAUCUGGGUAAGAUCGUCGGUGUUCAGAGUGGUGAGGAGGAACGUUUAUAUCAGCCAUACACAAAACUUGUCUCCGGUAUUGCGCUCCUUGGCCUCAAGCACUACAGGGAUGCAGCCAACAACUUUCUCCAAGUCGACUUCACCAUACCGCCUGCGCAAUACAACCACAUCGCUAGCCCCAACGACAUUGCAGUUUAUGGAGGUCUCCUUGCCCUGGCGACUAUGGACAGACAGGAACUUCAAACUCUAGUCUUGGAAAACCAGUCGUUUCGUUCAUUCCUAGAACACGAGUCGCACGUCCGCAAGGCCAUCAGCCUUUUUGUCAAUGGCAGAUACUCAAGCUGCCUUGCUAUUCUCGAGUCCAUUCGAAACGACUGUCUCCUGGACAUUUACCUACAGCGCCACGUCCCAUCCCUCUACUCACAGAUCCGAAGAAAAUGCAUUGUCCAGUACUUCAUACCAUUCUCAUGUGUCACCCUCGAGAGCUUGAACCAAGCAUUUGCGCACGAUGGAGAGUCAGUCGAGAUGGAGCUCGUAUCUAUGAUCCGCGAAGGAAUUCUCAAGGCCCGUCUAGAUAUCAAGGAGCAGUUGCUCAUUGCAGAACAACCCAACCCGAGACUUGAUAUGCAGAAGCAAGCACUUGAGGUCGCUACCAAGUACGAGGAGGAGGCCAAGGAGAGACUCCGUCGCAUCAACCUCAUUGCUGCUGGUCUCGAGGUUGCAGGAAGGUCAAAAGGACCUGGCCUUGGUGGUCGCGGAAUAGAUGAGCAGUGGUACGGUGAGGGCAAGGCACCGGGACAAGCAGGCGCCGUCGAGGCCUAG